AUGUCGCGCGGCAACCAACGGGAACUUGCUCGCGAAAAGAACUUGAAAAAGAAGGAGAAGACAAAGGGGCAACGGGACGACGGAUUAACUUUCGCCCAACGAAAAGAAGCUGAUGCCGAGCGGAUGCGCAGAAAGCAAGCGGAGGCUGAUGCGCGGAAGACUGGUUGUUGA